GUUCGAACGGCCAGUGACAGUCAGCCUCACGCAGCACACGCAGCUGGUGGUCGGCCCGAACGCGCUCGAACUUCGACAACCGCGAGCGGAACGCGGUCGGUGUAAAAAUAGCGGGCAGUUGGUGGUGACCGAUACGACGAAUACUUGGUUGCGAACCAGAGACAGAUAAUCGCGUACUUACAAUCGGCUACAGAGAAAAGGUACAGUGUUCAAAUGUUGUUCGACAGAGCGUCGUCGGCUCGCGCGUGAGAAUACCCGCGGGGCUGGUGAAAGGACGAGCGAGGGGGUGUUGUUCGGGUGGUGGAAUCGAGUUGAACUUCCCGCCGAGUGGAGCGCCAAUCGUCGAGCACCGUUGCCGUCGGCGCAUACCGCAUACCCGCCAAUCGUCCGUGAUGCUGCACAGGAGGACCCUCGCCGUCGCCGUAGCAUCGCAGUUCGUUGUCGAAAAUCUCCUCUCCUCUUGGUUGACUCGCGUGGCCGGCUCCCAUGUCGGCUGCCUCGGCGGCCUCGGCGUCCGUGACUUCCACCAUGGCCCCAUAUCGCGCGAGGUCAUGUACGAGAACUACCAGAAGAUGCGCGAGAAAUAUAAAUCCAAAAAGCUUCCCCAUGACGUGAAUCUGAAGGGGGUGUUCGCUUGCAACGAGCUCGACUUGAAGGAGGUGCAGGUGUACGGGUUCGAUUACGAUUACACGCUGGCCUGUUACAAACCGUCCAUGGACUAUCUGCUCUACAACCUCGGCCGCGACAUGCUCAUCCAACGAUACAAGUACCCCGAGGGAAUCAGCGACCUCGAGUACAAGGAGAAUUUCGCUGUUCGCGGCCUCCAUUAUGACAUCGAAAAGGGUCUGCUGCUGAAACUCGACAGCUUCUUGCAAAUCCAAUUUGGCGCCGUUUACCGCGGCCUGCAUCCGGUCCCCGACGACGAGGUCCUCCGACUCUAUAAAAACAGGAUAAUACCGAUCGCCUAUGUCGAGGCGCCCCAUAAACACUCUCACAAAGAGGCGUUGCACCGAUCGAAAAUGAUACAACUCGCCGAUUUAUUCUCGGUGCCGGAAAUGGGGCUUCUUUGCAAUGUCACGGAAUACUUCCUUCGGAACCAUAUAGACUACCAUCCUGAAAUACUUUUCAGGGACGUAAAGAACUCUGUACAGAGUUGUCACCCCAUAAUGCACGGACUAGUUGUACAAAAUGUCGCGGACUAUUUGGAACAGAAUAAGGAUUUAAAGGAAUUCUUCGAUCGACUGAAAAAAUCCAACAAGAAGAUGUUCCUGGUAACCAACAGCCCCUUCCACUUUGUUGAUAUAGGAAUGAAAUUUUUGGUCGGCGACAGUUGGAAAGAUUACUUCGACGUAGUAAUAGUACAAGCGCGGAAACCGAAAUUCUUCACCGAGGAGAGUAGGCCGCUCCGAAUCUACGACGAAGUAAAUAAAACUCAAUUGUGGGAUCGAGUCACGAAGCUCGAGAAAGGUGUCAUAUACCUCGAAGGCACGGUUAAACAACUGCAGGACAUGACCGGAUGGCGAGGACAGCAAGUAUUAUAUUUCGGGGAUCAUCCCUAUAGCGAUCUGGCGGACGUGACCUUGGAACAUGGCUGGAGAACUGGCGCUAUCAUCAAAGAAUUAACUCACGAAAUAUCGACGUUAAACAAUCCGAGGUUCAAAGAGAAUGCAAAUUGGUUGCAAAUGCUGACCGGCUUGAUCGAGGAGCACCAAGAUUACGAGGGACCGGAUGUGCAGACGGUGCUGGACGAGUGGAUCAAAGAGAGGGACGAGUUGAGGAACGAGAUAAAACGCGUGUUCAACAAGCAAUUCGGUUCCGUUUUCAGAACAUAUCACAAUCCCACAUACUUUUCUAGAAGACUCUUUAGGUUCGCCGACAUUUAUAUGAGCUCGAUCACAAACCUGUACGAAUACUCAACCACUCACACGUUUUAUCCUAGAAGAGGCGUGAUGCCUCACGAAUACACGAGCUACUUCGUUUAAAUAUGCGGGUUUGUGUACGGCUUCGCAGCUAUAGCUGUGUGUCGCCGUAUUUGUUUUCGAAUCUGCUUAUUCGUUAGAGCUUUCGACAGAAACAAUCAAAAAUGUUCUGACAAUAUACUCCGAAAAUAUUGCAAUUGUAGAAGUUGAAUGCUUAAAGCCAAAACGACUUCUACCGAGUUUCACUUUUUACUUGAGAUUUUGGAUGUGAAUUUUUGAAAUUUGCUUUUUUCACAAAGCAAAAUAAUCAUGCUGAUCGUAAAUAUAUCAGUAUUUACCACGUGCUAAAAGAAAUUUACAAAGUGAAUGUCCUAUAUAGAAUGGAAAUUUAUUAAAUCUGUGUAAAAUAAAUGAUUCGAGAGCCAUAAUAUAUAUUCAAAAACAACGGAUAUGUUAUGCUGAUCAUACAUCGGUCAAAUAUAUCUGGUCAUUUUUGCUUGAUAUGCGUAUUUAUCGCGUUUUCUGAUAUUUGAUACAAGAGCUUGUAUGUUGGUAAUAUAUUUGACAAUUUUAUAAAGCGAGUUAAAAUUCCAGAAGUUCUCUGCUGGUGUUAACGAGUAUUCUCCCCUGGUGUAAAUAAAAAGAGAAUAUCAGACUGCUACGAGCCAAAUUAUAAGUUAAAAGGCAAGCAUAAAUCCACUGUGUUGUCCAAACAAACGUAUUUAGCGUAACGUAUAAUUAUUUCAAUGGGGUAAUUUGCUCGAACUUACCGUAGCGCGGGUCCUAUUUACCAAUGCAAUUGAAUCAAAUAAUUUGGUAGAGGUCUCGAUGGUACAAACAGAAACGAGAUAAGAUCAAUAACGCUUGAUAUCGCAGCGUAUAAAAUAAUUCGUAGAUAAUAAUAGAAGUUAACUGCUUGUAGAACAAUUUAAAAACUGUUGAGCUUCGUAUAUUUUAUUCUCUAUGGAAUAUAUAUAUAUUUUAAAAUAUAUAUAUAUAUUUUAUUCAGGUACAAAAUCGAUCGUAUUAAACAUUACAAAUAACAGAGUCUAUUAUCAAAGCGUAUAUAUAUAUAUCAUAGAUGAAAUACCGCAAAGUGGACGUAUAAAACUUAUUCUACUAUGUCUUUAUAGUAAAGUACAAUUUAGAAUAAAUAGGAUACAGAAGUUUUAAGUUAACAGGGCUGAUCCUAGUAACUGUGAUUAUACUUCCACCGAGCUUAUUUUUUUCAUGUUAGUAUUUUCUGUUAUUAUACAAAAUGUACACUCACAGUGCGAAUGAUUCUUACUGCCUAUAAUAUGGCGGUAUGGUAUCCGAACGAGAAUCAUGGAGAUAUUGUGCAUGUUAAAUGACAUAUUGAAACUACUUGCAUAUAGAAAAAUUCUACUUAAUAUUUUCUUUAUCGAUUUAGCAUAAAUUGUUUUACAUUUGUAUAUCUUCCCUUCACAAGUACGGAUACAAAGCUUACAUGGAUGUGUUCAAGAUAUACAUAAAUGAUUGUAAUAGUCAAUGAAAAUAAAUCUAGACAAUUAUAUUGUGAUGUGCAUAA